GCAUUUAAAGACACAGGCAAAGCACCUGUUGAAGCAGAGGUGGCAAUCCACCGCAUCCGUAUUACACUUACCAGCCGCAAUGUGAAAUCUCUGGAAAAGGUCUGCGCUGAUCUGAUCCGUGGAGCCAAGGAGAAGAACUUGAAGGUGAAGGGACCUGUGCGCAUGCCCACCAAGACCCUGCGCAUUACUACAAGAAAAACCCCUUGUGGUGAGGGUUCGAAGACAUGGGAUAGAUUCCAGAUGAGGAUCCACAAGCGCCUGAUUGAUCUACACAGUCCUUCUGAGAUUGUGAAGCAGAUUACUUCCAUCAGCAUCGAACCUGGUGUAGAAGUUGAAGUGACCAUUGCUGAUGCAUAA